CCCCUCCUGGGGCGGAGAGAAAGAAAGGGAGUAUUUUUAAGUUAACUCGCACCAGACUUUUCUCUCCACAUCUUGCCUGGUGCUUGUAACCUAGUUUUCGUUGCGCGGAGGACGUCGCAGGCUCGCGUUAUCGUCGUGAGGGAGUGAAAAGAGGGACUUCGCAAAAGUUUUCACCCCCUGAAAACGAACACUAUGGCUGGGGUGGCAUCGAACCUGGCCAAGAAGCGCGCGUUGGCAGCGGGAUUUGGGACGAACAGUAACGCCGUGAAGUACUUGAAUCAGGAUUAUGAAGCGCUGCGCAACCAGUGUUUGAGUCAGGGCAGACUUUUCACGGAUCCAACUUUCGCGGCCGCACCCGAGACUUUGGGUUUUAACGAGCUCGGGCCCAGUUCGUCCAAGACCAGAGGAGUUGUGUGGAAAAGACCAGGAGAGCUAUGUUCCAGUCCAGAGUUCAUUGUGGGCGGAGCCACCAGGACGGACAUCUGCCAGGGAGCUCUAGGUGACUGCUGGCUGUUGGCAGCUAUCGCCUCUCUGACGCUCAACGAAGAUGUCAUGGCCAGGGUGGUGCCUCAGGACCAGAGCUUUGGAGACGGAUACGCCGGAAUUUUCCACUUCCAGUUCUGGCAGUUUGGUGAGUGGACGGAUGUUGUCAUUGAUGACCGGUUGCCGGUGAAGGACGGCGAGCUGAUGUUCGUGCACUCAGCAGAGGGCUCUGAGUUCUGGAGCGCCCUACUGGAGAAGGCCUACGCCAAGGUGAACGGCUGCUAUGAGGCGCUGUCCGGCGGCUCCACCACGGAGGGCUUCGAGGACUUCACCGGGGGCAUCGCCGAGCAGUACGACCUCAGGAAAGCCCCGUCCAACAUGUUCUACAUCAUCAAGAAGGCUCUGGAGUCCGGCGCACUGCUGGGGUGCUCCAUAGAUAUCACCAGCGCUGCAGACUCUGAAGCCGUUACUCGUCAGAAGCUGGUGAAAGGCCACGCCUACUCCCUCACAGGGGCCGUGGAGGUGAACUACCGUGGUCGGAAGGAGAAGCUGGUGCGCAUGCGUAACCCCUGGGGUCAGGUGGAGUGGACCGGGGCCUGGAGCGAUGGGUCCUCUGAGUGGAACAAUGUGGACCCCUCAGAACGGCCCAAUGCCAACAAAGAGGACGGAGAGUUCUGGAUGUCGUUCUCAGAGUUCCUGCGCCACUGGUCGCGUAUUGAGAUCUGCACUUUGACCCCUGACACCAUCACCAGUGACGAUGUCAAGCACUGGAGCGUCUGCAACUACGACGGCAACUGGAGGAAAGGGUCCACUGCAGGGGGCUGCAGAAACCACCCCUACACGUUCUGGAUGAACCCCCAGUUUGUGCUCAAGCUGGACGAGGAGGACGACGACCCCGACGACGGCGUGGACGGCUGCAGCUUCCUGGUGGGCCUCAUCCAGAAGAACCGCCGACGCCUGCGCAAGCAGGGAGAGGACAUGCACACCAUCGGCUUCGCCAUCUACGAGGUCCCUCCCCAGUUCCGUGGGCAGCGUGAGGUUCACCUGGACAAGAACUUCUUUGUGACACACGCUUCGGCCGCGCGCUCCGAGACCUUCGUCAACCUGCGUGAGGUCAGCAACCGCUUCCGCCUGCCGCCCGGCGAGUACCUGAUCGUGCCCUCGACCUUCGACCCCCACCUCAACGGAGACUUCUGCCUGCGCGUCUUCUCCGAGAAGCAGAGCGAAACAAAACCCUGUGAUGAUCCAGUUGAUGCAACUUUGGACGACGAGACAACGGCGGACGAGGAUGUGGACGCUAAUUUCAGAGCCCUGUUCACCAAGUUGGCUGGAGACGACAUGGAGAUCUCCGCCACAGAGCUGAAGACCAUUAUGAAUAAGAUUGUUUCUAAACGAACUGACAUUAAGACGGACGGCUUCAGCCUGGAGACAUGCCGGGUCAUGGUCAACCUCAUGGACGACAGUGGGAAUGGGAAACUGGGGCUGGGAGAGUUCGCCACCCUCUGGAAGAAAGUGCAGAGGUACCUGGGCAUCUACAAGAAGAAUGACACAGAUAAUUCCGGAACUAUGAGCACUCCAGAGAUGCGGGUGGCACUUAGAGAAGCAGGCUUCACCCUGAACAACACCAUCUACCAGCUGCUGGUGGCGCGCUACGCUGAGCCGGACAUGACCAUGGACUUCGACAACUUUGUAGCCUGCCUCAUGCGCCUGGAGAUGAUGUUCAGAGUUUUUAAGAGGAUUGAUGCCCAUGACACUGGCUCCAUUGAGCUGGACUUCAAUCAGUGGCUGACGUUUGCUAUGAUUUGACCCAAACACCCAUUGCACUCCAUCCUUCUGGUCCAUUCGCGUUGGCAAGAAUGCACAAGUUAAGGCACACAUGUGUGCAUGACAGUAAAAUAUAUAUUUCAGUGUGUCUAUAAAAAAAAAACAUAUUUGUUUCACCUUUUGUAUAUCUUUUAUAAUGCAUGCUUUUCAUGUGUUUACGUGUGUGUGUGUGAGUGUGUGUGCGUACUAUCUUUCAUCAUGAUGUAAUAUCCCUGGUGAGAAAAAAAAACCUGUGGUAGUUUUUUAUUUUUUUAUUUUAUUUUUAGAUGGCCGAGAGAGGAGCAAGUGGUGUUUAUAAACACUUAUAGUGAAGCCAUUAACAGCUUAAGGAAGCUGUCUUCUUCUGUCUUUGUAUUGAAAAUGUUGUUACCUAAAAUGUUUUAAGAAACACUCUAUUAAACAUGACAUAACUGUUUGUUAA